CAGAGCGGAAUCCGGGUCGGACGCGCAUCGCUCCUGGACGUACGUGUAAGAAAUACAAGUUUAGUUUAGUCUUUUCUUUUUCUUUUUUGCCGUGCAGAAGCGGGACCCGGUCGCGGCGGAGUCGUCCAGGGGGGGGGGGGGUGAAAGUUUGCGGUUUUGGGAAGACGGCGCGGCAUCCCCGAGGCGUGUGAGAUGUCAGUUUGCUGGCGCCGCCGAAGCCCAACCUCCCUGGAUGUGAAGCAAGGCAGCAGCGACGUUUCAUCCUCGGCCGAGGCUUAAAUUAAGAGCUGUCAGUCGGCAACACUGGACCUCCGUUUGAAUAACCCUCAGGAAUGUCCGGCAAUGAUGUAGACUUGGAAAUGAUGAUCAUCAGGAUGACCUGCAGGGCUUGCUGUGUGAGCAGAAAGAGCAGCAUUUGACUCUCUCCUCCGUGUCCCCUACACCCACCACUCUAUGUCCACCCCGAUCGGGCAGCCAGAGUGCUAUGUCAUCGACCACACCCCCUUCAGCCCCACCCCCUAAGAAGGGAAGGAAACCAGAGAAAUCAGAGGCGAUGACCGAAACGGUGCAGGCUGCCAACGAGGAGCUGAGGGGCAAGUUAAUGGAUCUCCAGAUUGAGCUGCAACAGGAGAGGGGCAAGGUGUGUAAGCUACGCGAGCGGCUCCAGGAGCAGCGGCAGGCUCGGGAGCUGGAGCAGCACAAGCACGCGGUGGCGCUCACCGACCUGCGUGCCAAGCUACACGAGGAGAAGCUACGUGAGAUGGCGGCGGCCCGCGAGGCCCUGGCGCGGCAGCACGAUGCUGAGCUGGCCCGCACGAUCAAGAUCCGCGACGGAGAGAUGCAGAGGCUCCAGGGGCUCGUGAAUGCGUUGAGGGAUGGCGCAGCAGACAAGUUGAAGAACGCCCUCCUUGGGGAGGCCCGGGAGGAGGCCAGGAGGGCCUUUGAUGGGGAGAGGCUAAAGCUGCAGCAGGAGGUCCAGGAGCAGAAGACAGCAAGGAAGCAGGCCGAAGAGGCGCUGGCCACGGCUCUGCAAGCAGAUAAGGCCAAAGCAGCCGAUCUCCGCACUGCCUACCAGCAGCACCAGGAUGAGGUGCACCGCAUCAAGCGGGACUGUGAGCGAGCCAUCCGCAGACUGAUGGAUGAGUUGAAGGGGAAGGACCGGGUGGUGUCUGCCUUGGAGAAGGAGCUGGGUGUGCAGGCCGGCUAUGCCCAGAAGCUACAGCUCCAAAAAGAGGCCCUGGAUGAGCAGCUGGGCCAGGUACGAGAGGCGGAGAAAUACAACCAUGGCAGCCCGAAAAGAGAGGUGAUGCCAGGUCUUGGAGAUAGCCCCGAUCUGCUCAACAACCAGGAGGUGGAGGAGCGGGACAUGAGGAGGUUCCAGCUGAAGAUAGCGGAGCUGCAUGCGGUCAUCAGGAAGCUGGAAGACAGGAAUGCACUGCUCGCUGACGAAAGAAACGAACUGCUGAAGCGGGUGCGAGAGGCGGAGAGUCAGAUGAAGCCCAUGUUCGAGAAAAACAAGAGGCUGUCGAAGAAGAAUGAUGACCUCCUGCAGACACUGCAGCGCAUGGAGGAGAAACUCAAGAAUCUGAGCCGAGAGAAUGCCGAGAUGCAAUCCCAUCAACCCCAGCUGAAGCGGCCAAGCUCCCUGACAGACCUAAGCCAUGCCCAUGAGGAACAGGAAGUGGAGUUCCUCAAACUGCAGGUUGCCGAGCAAAGAGGCAUCAUCGAUGAGCUCACGCAGGUCAGCGUUCGACCUGAGUCGAUUGCAUUGGACAUUGAACGUGACCGGUUGGUGAUCAGCAAAAAGAACAGAAGAAAACCUGUUAAGCUAUCUAAGAGGCAUGUUGUGGAGACAUAUUUUGGAUUUGAUGAAGAGUCGGUGGACUCUGAGACCUCCUCUCUGACCUCCUACAACACUGACCUGACUGACCGUACCCCCGCCACACCCGAAGAAGACUUGGAAGAGGGAGUGUCCCGUGAGGAAUCAGAGCUGCGUUUCCGUCAGCUGACAAGGGAGUACCAGGCUCUCCAGCGAGCCUACGCCCUCCUGCAGGAGCAGACCGGGGGCUCUCUGGAUGCUGAGAGGGAGGCCAGGACACGAGAGCAGCUGCAGGCUGAGCUGAGCAGCUGUCAGGCCAAGAUCGCCGACCUGGAGAAGGCAUUAGCUGAGAGGGGGCAGGACUCCAAAUGGGUGGAGGAGAAGCAGUACCUACUCAGGACCAACCAGGAACUUCACGAGAAGAUGUGUGUUCUGCAGCAGGCUGAGUUGCGGCUGCAGGCGGAGGUUCAAGAUGCUAGGGACCAGAAUGAGCUGCUGGAGUUCAGGGUGCUGGAGUUGGAAGAGAGGGAACGCAGAUCUCCUGCCCUUGGCCUCCACAUGUCCGCCUUCCCUGAGAACAGCAGUAGUGCCCUGCAGGUCUAUUGUCACCAGGAAGGCGUCAAGGAUGUGAUCAUUCCCGAGCUCAUGAAAAAGCUGGAUAUUCUGGGAGAUAAUGGGAAUCUGCGCAACGAAGAGCAGGUGGCGGUGAUCCAGGCGGGAACGGUGCUCUCGCUCUGCGAGAAGUGGUUGAAGCAGGUAGAUGGCACAGAAGCUGCCCUCACCCAGAAGAUGAUUGACCUGGAGAAUGAUAAGGAACUGUUCAGUAAGCAAAAGGGCUUCUUGGAAGAGGAAUUGGACUACAGGAAGCAGGCCUUGGACCAGGCUUACAUGAGGAUCGAGGAGCUGGAGGCCACGCUGUAUAGUGCUCUGCAGCAGGAGCAGCCAGCAGGCCGGGCGGUGGCCGAGUCGCUGACAGACAGGCAGAGGGCGGAGCUGAGGCUAGCUGUGGACAAGCUGCGGCGUCAGAUUCUCCGGCAGAGCCGGCAGUAUGACAGUCAGAUCUUACAGGAGCGCAUGGAGCUCCUACACCAGGCCCACCAGAGAAUUAGGGAGUUGGAGGACAGGAUUGACAUGCAAAAGAGACAAAUAAAGGAAAUAGAGGAAAAGUUUUUGUUCCUCUUUUUGUUUUUCUCUUUAGCUUUUAUUCUUUGGCCUUAA